UAUCCACCAUUGACGUCCUUUUUAACUCUAGACUCUUCCGUCAUCACGCGUUCCAUUUCUCUCCUAUCCUCCUCUUAGAUCUUUGGGAGAGAGGAGAGAUAGGAGAAGACGAUUAGGGUCAGCUCGAUCUCCCUCUCCCAAACCUUUCAAUUUUCAAAUCAAGCCUCGUGAUUCGCCAUCAAUGGACUCGUCGGAGAACCGAGCGGACUACGACGAAAGUUUGCCAGAGGAGGCAGAUCUCAUGUUCGAUAAACGCGGCUGCUGCUGCUUCGUCGCUCCGUGGUCUCGCCGGCGCACAUCGGCUUCCACGUCGGCCGAUUGGUGGGAGCGGAUUCAAGCAUCCGAUCGCUCCGGCGCCACCGGGUGUUUGACCGAGGCGUCGUUGAAGAUCCGGGAUUGGUCGGAACUUAUCGCCGGACCGCGGUGGAAAACCUUCAUCCGACGAUUUAAUAAGAACUCUCGGCAUCUGGGCGGCAGCACGAGGCUCGGCGUGAGGUUUCAGUACGAUCCCCUUAGUUAUGCCCUCAACUUCGACGAAAGCCCCGACGCCGACGCCGGGUUCCGUGACUUCUCCUCCCGGUUUGCGGCGCCGUCCUUGUCGAUGAAGUCAUCGAUGGAUCUCGGCGGACGAGACGCGCCGCCACUGUUUGCUACCGCAUCUGCCGUCCCCGCGGACGCCACCGCUCUACGCUGAUUGAUCUAGCGGCAACUGAGGUAACAGACGCCAGUCGGGUCUUUUGGUAGCAAGGGAGGUCCAAUGGUUCUGGUUAAUGGUCUAUUAGAAUUAUUAAGCUGAAAAUUGCUGCCAUUGAUUAUGCUGUUCGAUAUUAUAUUAUUUAUUGUGACUUUAUUUUAAUUAUUUAUUUUGAUCGAAAGUAGAAGCGGUUGUGAUCCUGUUUUAUACUUCUAAUUAUGCUUGUGAGAUCUUAUGUAUUCAUAGCAGUGAGGAAUGGAAAGAGAUUAAUUUAUUGUGAUUAAGCUACAAGAUAAUUGUUUUUAUUGAGCAAAA